UGGUAGAUUUAAGUAACAUCAGCCUUCACCAAUGGCUCUCUGACAGCAAAUAUGUUUUACUGUUAAUAGUAAGAGUUAGAUAUCUGGAUCAGUUGCAGGCCUGGUCUGGCCUGAAUCUGUCAUCCUUGUGUCUUCUGGAUUCAUCCUGCUGUGCAAGUGGAAUCCAAUAAAGACCCUGUUUGCUGUUCCAUUACAGUACCCUAUCAUACUUUUGGGUUCGUUGUUGCUGCUAUCUGGGCAGAUGCACUGAGAUAUAUAUAUAUAUAUGUAGCCCUGGCUAUAUAAGUAGCUCAUUUAUUUAAAUAGUUCAUUUAUAUUGAUAGUUAAAUGCAAAUGUUCACUGUGUUCAAUAUUGUGUAUACAAAUGCCUGCAAGGUAUGUGAUGUGUGUGAGUUCAAUGCACAACCUUUGUAUUUGUAUUUUGAGGUUUAUGUCAUUGUUUUUGAUUUGGUAUUGAUAUGUACUACAGCUCCAGUGAACCCUGAAGUAGUCUCAGGUAGAGGGGGUGGGAGCAAGUGGGGGGCCGUGAGCACUCUGCAGGAAGCGAGAGAGACGAGAGCUGAACAGUGUCGAGUGAACGCAGAGUUCAUAGAAGGCCGACGGACGUAUUUUCGGGUUGACUGAUAGUUAGCUGGAGUGAAAAUCGGUUGUACCCUACUGUGAGUAGGAGGAGACGGACGUCUUGCUGGCGUGUCAGAGAGGUCCCUUCUGCUGGUGGGCUGAAGUUAUGUGUUCACGUGAGAGCACGUGGCGAGGACGACUGUGAGUGCUGCUGCCGUGGCCUGCUGGUAGCCUUGACCCAGUUUCCCCUGCUAUCCCCUUGAACUGCCUGGAGGUGUGAGUACUGUUUGCACGUGCUUUUUAUUUUACUGCUUGGCAACAAGUGAAGCGACCAUAUUGUUUUAGGUCCCAACGCACCCAAGCCACGACUCAGGCCUGCAACGAGGGGUUUGCUAGCAGAAAGACUGUAGCACUUGAGGUCUGUGUGUGUCGGUGAGAGUGUGUGUGGGCCCACAAUAUUGUUUGAUUAUUUUGUUUCUGUUAAAGUAGAUACAUCACAUUGUUUAACAAACUUUAUUAAUUUUACUUAUUUUCUUCUGUGUCGUUAAUUAAUCAUUUACUAAAGUGGAGUUAACUUUACAAUUUAUUAGUCCUUUAUUUAUUCAGGUAAAAAUCUCAUUGAGAUUUAAAAUCUCAUUUCCAAGAGAGACCUGGCAUCAUAUAAUUGACUUGCUUGUGUGUGAUUUAUUUCUAUACAGUGUAGUUUUAUUGCAUAUUUUGUACCAUAAGCAUUAAAAAGGGAGUAUCAAUAGGAAAGUAACAAUAGGAACCCAGGGCCCCUCUCAAUAGAACGUGGGACGGGUGUUACACAAUUCUGGAGGCACCGCUGGGAUACUCCCGUGCUUAACUUUUCUAGUUUGUUCUUUAAAGGAGUAUUUUGUUUACAGAUUUGCACCGCUUAGCACACCAGCAUUAGGAUUUGUAUGAUGACUACUCGAAAAGAGUCUCAAAUUACACCUGAGCUUAGUAGCUGGUGCAGUAAAGCAGGUAUAGACCCAAACCGGGCUUUUGUACUGCAUGAUGUUCCUACUGACUUUGACUUAUCAGACAUUGAAGAGACUGCUCAGUCAGUGAAAGUUUUUGGAAGAGUAAAAGUGAGAGAUAGGCUAACAGACACCCAGACAGGCAAUAACCUUGUGCUGUGUGAAUGCCGUCAAGAUAUUCAGCCAGACCGCAUACCACCGCAUGUGCAGCCAUUGAACGGAGGUCCUGUCUGGAAGAUUUCCCUCCUCACUGAAUCUGUGAGGUCAGCUGAUGACUUCUCAGCCAAGCUUAAGAAACUAAUGGUAGAAGAAGGUAAAACAAUUGAUGAUGUUAGUGCCUUGCUGUCUACUGAAACCCCACAGGAAAACUCCCCUGAAUCCAUCAUUCGGGCAGUCGGAGACCUGUUAGCGAAAACUAUGCGACCUACCAGUGAGAAUACUGCAUCUCGACGUCUGCGGAUAUUCUCUGGCCAGUCUCCUACUCCGGCAGGUGAAGAGAGCCUUGAUAGCUGGGUUGAGCAGGCUCGCCUGAUAAUUGAAGAGUGCGACUGCUCUGAGAGAGAGAAGCGAAGGAGAAUAGUUGAGAGCCUAAAGGGACCGGCGUUGGAGAUCAUCCAAGCUGUACGGCGAGAUAACCCUGAUGCUAGCCCGGAGAGCUAUGUAGAGGCUCUAGAAAGUGCAUUUGGAUCCCUGGAGUCAGGUGAAGACUUGUACCUCACCUUCAGGAGCCUGGGUCAACAGCGAGGAGAAAAGCUGUCAGACUUCCUGAGAAGAUUGGAACGCUCUCUGACCAAAGUAGUGCAGAGAGGGGGUCUCCCUAGCCAUCGAGUCGACCGUGCACGUAUUGACCAGCUUAUACGGGGUGCGACUGAGUCAGAGAUAAUGUUACUGCAGCUAAGACUCAGAGAAAGGAAGGAGGAGCCACCUACUUUCCUGAAGCUGCUCAGUGAGAUUCGAGAAGAAGAAGACCAUGCAAGAGUGAGGCAUGAGUCAAACACCACAGUGAGACAAGUGAAAGUUGGCGAAGAGACAAAAGCCAAAUCGACAGAGGUUCAAGAGCUCAAAGCCGAGAUCAAAGAGUUACGCUCUGAGCUUAAAGAGUUAACAAGCAAGCGCUCAGAUUCCGAGCUAAUGUCUAAGCAAACCAAGAAAGUUGCUGAGGCUGGGGCGGAGAAAGAAGUCCAGCAGUUAAAGCAGCAAGUUCAACAGUUACAACACCAGCUGACUGUUAUGGCUGUGUCACAGGGUUCAACCCAAACGGACUCGACAAAGAGAGAUGAGAGAGCCAGACGAAGCAAGGUAAACAGACCACAUGCUGCAAAAGAUUCAGACAGUUACUUCUGUUACCGGUGUGGGGAGAAUGGCCAUAUUGCCACCCGCUGCAUGGCUCCUGAAAACACUGCCAAAGUAAUCCAGAGGCUACUCGCAGCCCUUCGUAGGAGCAAAGAGGAAAAAGGGGCUACAGGUGGCGCUUCUGAGCCCACACAGGUCGGUUCCAUCAGGAAAAGUUCCGUACACACAUCAUCACAUUGUGGACUCCCAGAUGGAUUGGUUGGCCCAUCCAUGAUGACCGAUGUGACCAUAGAAGGACAACCAUGUAGAGCUCUCCUUGACAGCGGCUCUCAAGUCACCAUUAUAUUUGAGAGCUGGUAUUCCCGUUUCAUCCCCAAUGUGCCCAUUCUUCCUUUACAAGAUCUCGCCAUAUGGGGACUGAGUGAUUCCAACUACCCAUACAAGGGGUAUGUGGCUGUUGAGGUGGGUUUUUCCCCCAACUCAAAGGAAGCUGUAGAGACAGUCACUGUCUUGGCCUUGGUGUGUCCAGAUCCAAAGAGCCCAGACCCUGUUCCUGUCAUCAUUGGUACUAACUCCCAGAAACUGCAUUCUCUGCUGAGAAAUUGUGAAGAGGUAGGAGGAAAAGAUGAGGUUCACUCACUGAGGAUAAAUACCCUCUCCCCAGAACAGCCCUCAUCGCUAAGCACCCAACAAACAGGUGUGGUGGGUCACGUGAAGUGGCAAGGCCCCGGGCCUAUCACUAUCCCUCCUUGUGCAGUACAGUAUGCAGUUUGCAAGGUGGAACAACAGCAGCCAUUAGACAAAAGUAUUCUAAUGGUGGAGGUGGGCGAAUCCACAAACCUCCCAGCUGGAGUGUUGGUUCCACCUGUGGUACUACCAUCUUCUGAGAUGGACACUAACAGUUUCACACUUCUGCUAAGAAAUGAGUCCCAAAGAGAGACUAUUGUCCCCACUGGUACAGUGCUAGCUCAGGUGUACUUGGUGGACACCGUCACUGAGUUAACAAAGACCUCCGCCCAAAAAAGGUCUAUUGACCCUGAGCUGUUUGACUUUGGAGAUUCUCCUAUCCCUGAAGAGUGGAAAGCCAGGUUAGCAGCAAAGUUAUCAAAGAGAGCGGAUGUUUUUUCCCUGGAGGAGUGGGAUGUCUGCCUAGCCAAAGGUGUCGCUCACCACAUAAGGCUGAGAGACCCUCGACCAUUCAGGGAGAGAUCCCGCAGAAUCGCACCCGCUGACAUUGAGGAUGUCCGACGCCAUCUACAAGAACUGCUGGCAGCCGGAAUAAUCAAAGAGUCACGAAGUCCGUAUGCUUCCCCGAUUGUCAUAGUCAGGAAGAAGAAUGGCAAGGUGCGGAUGUGUAUUGAUUAUCGUCUACUGAACUCCAGAACCAUCCCAGACCAGUACACUAUGCCACGCAUAGAUGAUGCGCUGGAUUGUCUGACAGGAAGCAAGUGGUUUUCUGUACUGGACCUGAGAAGUGGAUAUUACCAAGUGGAGAUGUCCGAGGCUGAUAAAGAGAAAACGGCUUUUAUCUGUCCUCUUGGGUUUUUCCAGUUUGAGAGGAUGCCUCAAGGUAUCACUGGCGCGCCUGCAACCUUCCAAAGGUUAAUGGAGAAAGCUGUUGGAGACAUGAACCUCAUUCAAGUCCUUGUGUAUCUGGAUGACCUUAUUGUGUUUGGCCGGACACUGGAGGAGCACGAGGAACGGCUACUUAAAGUCCUGGACCGGCUGGAGGAAUGUGGUCUCAAAGUCUCCAUUGACAAGUGCCAAUUUUGCCAACCACAGGUGAAGUUCUUGGGACACAUUGUCUCUGCCUCUGGAGUUGCCACUGAUCCUGAGAAAGUGAGUGCCGUGACCCACUGGAAGAAACCCACUGAUCUAAAAUCCCUGAGAUCUUUUCUCGGAUUUUGUGGAUACUACCGGCGGUUCAUUGAGAACUACUCCGCCAUAGUCCGCCCGUUGACAGAACUGACUAAGGGAUAUCCUCCUGCACAUGGUAGCAAAAAGGGUGUUGCUAAAGUAAAGCAAAAUAGCUACUUUCGAGUUGCCGAGCCUUUUGGUGAUCGGUGGACCCCAGCUUGUGAUGAUGCCUUUCAGAGCAUUGUUUACAAGCUCACACAUGCUCCAGUCUUGGCAUUUGCUGAUCCAGCCAAACCAUACAUUUUACAUGUUGAUGCAAGUUUGGACGGGCUAGGAGCAGUCUUGAACCAAGAGUACCCAGAAGGACUCCGCCCAGUAGCGUUUGCCAGCCGCAAAUUGAGUCAUGCAGAACGGAACUACCCAGUUCACCAACUGGAGUUUUUGGCUCUGAAAUGGGCAGUAGUGGAGAAGUUCCAUGACUACUUGUAUGGUGCCAAGUUCACGGUGAGAACUGAUAAUAACCCACUCACCUACGUCCUGACCACUGCCAGGUUGAAUGCGACAGGUCAUCGGUGGCUAGCAGCACUCUCCACCUAUGAUUUCAGCAUUCAAUAUAAGCCCGGCCGUGAAAAUGUGGAUGCCGACUCACUCUCCAGGAGUCCGCAAGACACAGCAGAUGGAUGGGUGGAUAUCCCACCCUCUGGGGUAAAAGCUUUGUGUCGUCGGAUCACUACAGAUGGUGUCUGCCAACACACCACCAGAUUUGUCGACCAGCUUGGUGCUUCGCCAGACGCCAUUCCAGCUUUAUAUGCAAACUUCACCCAGAUAGAAGUGGGCCCGCUGCAACAGCUAAGCCUAAAAGAACUGUCAGAAGCCCAAGACUCUGAUCCAGUUAUAGGUGUGGUGAAACCUCAAGUUGAGAGAAACCAUAGUGUUUCAGCUUCUACGCAUGCAAACCCAGAUGUUGUGUUGCUGAUGCGAGAAAGAUCCAAGUUAAAGGUUAAGCGUGGCCUUCUCUACAGAGUCACCACAAGACCCUCUGGUCGAGAAGUAAGUCAGAUUGUCUUGCCUGCUAAGUAUCGGCCAAUGGUACUAAAAUCAGUGCAUGAUGAUGCUGGUCACCUGGGCACAGAACGAACUACAGAGCUCAUUAAAGACCGGUUUUACUGGCCCAGAGUGGCAUCUGAAGUUGCAACAUACAUACAGAACUGUGGAAGGUGUGUAGCUAGGAAGUCCAUCCCACAGAAAGCUGCCCCUUUACAGCACAUCACCAGUAAUGGCCCUCUAGACCUGGUCUGCAUAGACUUUCUUUCUAUUGAGCCAGACUCUAAAGGCAUAGCUAAUGUGCUGGUUGUCACUGAUCAUUACACCAGGUAUGCUCAAGCAUUUCCCACAAAAGAUCAGAAAGCACUGACUGUCGCCAAAGUACUUUUUGAAAAGUUCUUUGUGCAUUAUGGAUUGCCUGCUCGCAUUCACUCAGACCAGGGUAGAGAUUUUGAGAGCAAGCUCAUUAAGGAGCUAUUGACCCUGUUGGGCAUUCGUAAGUCCCGAACGUCACCCUACCACCCUCAGGGCGACCCGCAGCCUGAGCGUUUCAACCGUACUUUGCUGGCAAUGUUGGGCACCCUUGAUCCAGCUAAAAAGCCAAAGUGGAGCCAGCAUAUAAGCCAGCUAGUACAUGCUUACAACACCACUAGAAAUGAUGCCACAGGAUACUCGCCCUACUUCCUCAUGUUUGGAAGAGAGGCGCGACUACCCAUUGACCUGUGUUUUGGUGUGGGGUCAGAUGAAGAAAAUGACUUAAAGCACCACCAGUAUGUGGCUAACAUGAGAAAAGAACUUCAAAAAGCUUACCAGCUAGCCGCUGAUGCAGCUUCCAGAAAUAAUGAACGAAACAAGAGACUGUAUGAUGCGAGAGUUCGGAAUCAGACACUUGAGGAAGGUGAUCGGGUACUGGUUCGGAAUCUCGGCCUCACAGGAAAGCACAAACUACAAGACAGAUGGAACUCACUACCUUACAUAGUGAUCUCCAAGUUACCCAAUCUCCCUGUGUAUCGUGUAAAACCAGAGAGAGGAACUGGUAUUGUGAGGACCGUGCAUAGGGAUCACCUGCUGCCCAUUGGUUACAUGGUCAGGAUGUCUGCUCCAUCAGAAAAGACAGCGCGACCAAAGAGACCAAGGACCAGGGCACAGCAAGUAAGGUGUGAAAAUGAAAAUCGGACACGCGAUUUGGAGCAUCUGAGUGAAGAUGAUUGGUCUUCAGAGUCUGAAGAACAGUGUGUCUACUAUGAACCUCCUUUAGCCUUUCGUGACAGUGUUGAACCUCAAAGUGAGGGGGUUGCGCAAAAGGAGGUUGUGAGCCUUCCUGACCAGAUGGAAAAUGAUCAUCCCAGUGUUCAUAAAUUGUCUGAGGUGGAGGAACAGGGGGAACAAAUCCCAGUAGCAGUAGAUCAGACGGAGGAAAGUUCACAGCAACACCAAGACUCUGUGGUGGCUGAAGAGCUGGAGGAGAGAGAUGGUCCCACACCUAGUGUCUCAGUUGGAGGUGCUGACUCACCCUAUGACCUCAAAACAAAAAGGAGAGUGAGACCUGUAGUACGCCUCAGUUAUGAUGAACCUGGAAGGCCCACUGACAGACCUGUGACUAUUAGUUACCGAGGUAUGGUAAUUCAGAUUUGCUACGACCCUGACUCCUAAAUGUUAAUGCACUAGCCAGUACUCCUUAGUGAGGUUUUAACUGGCCUAAUGAAAGUAGGUCUGAUGGGGACAUUCAGACAUUCAGAAGGGGGAGGGUGUAGCCCUGGCUAUAUAAGUAGCUCAUUUAUUUAAAUAGUUCAUUUAUAUUGAUAGUUAAAUGCAAAUGUUCACUGUGUUCAAUAUUGUGUAUACAAAUGCCUGCAAGGUAUGUGAUGUGUGUGAGUUCAAUGCACAACCUUUGUAUUUGUAUUUUGAGGUUUAUGUCAUUGUUUUUGAUUUGGUAUUGAUAUGUACUACAGCUCCAGUGAACCCUGAAGUAGUCUCAGGUAGAGGGGGUGGGAGCAAGUGGGGGGCCGUGAGCACUCUGCAGGA